CGUCCAGUCCCCCAAACCCUCGGCGGUUCGCCCACCCUCGUCGCGUGCGCGCUGAUCUUCCCCUUCCCUUCCACUCGCUAGACGGCGGCGGCGCGAGGAGGUCGGUGGCCGUUGUCGUGCAUGGUGGUCUGGCGGGCGGCGGGCGCUCGCGCCCUACUGCGCCGGCUCGGCGCGGCGGCGGAGACGGCGGGGUGGCGCGAUGGCCGCGUGCUCGCGGCCAGCUUUAGCAGUAGCGCGAAUGCUCCGGCCGGCUUGGGUCAAUAUGCAAGUUUAUGGAGGGCACAAGCUUUUGCCUCCAGGGGUGUUCCAUUGAACUUCCAUCAGCUGAUCCGCAAUGCUGGAGUAUCAACUACACGGAGUUUGCUUGCUGCAGAUGAUGCUAUGGUUCCUAUUUCUUCUCCUUUGACACCUCCGCUGGGUGACAAUGAAGAAACUGACAAAAAGGGGGCUGUGGUUAAACGACUAAAGGUUCAAGCCAUAAAAAAGGAUAUUAAACAGAGCCCUAAGAAGGUGAAUCUAGUAGCCAAGCUGGUUCGAGGUAUGCGUGUGGAAGAUGCCUUGUUGCAGCUGCAAGUGACAGUUAAAAGGGCUGCCAAAACUCUUUACCAGGUGAUCCAUUCUGCCCGUGCCAAUGCAGCUCACAACCACGGACUGGAUCCUGAUAAACUUAUCGUGGAGGAGGCCUUUGUGGGAAAGGGACUUUACCUGAAGAGGUUAUCUUACCACGCCAAGGGGAGGUCUGGUAUCAUGGUGCGACCGAGGUGCAGACUGACAGUGGUGGUCAGAGAAGCUACAGCUGAGGAAGAGGCAAAGAUUGCUAAACUCAGGGUGAGCAACUACAAGAAGCUUACCAGGAAAGAGCGGCAGCUUAUGCCACACCGGCUCAUCGAGGUUAGCCCAAGGUGGGCUCACAAAAGGAAAGACGAGGCUGGUGCUAGGGCGUAGUACUAAUUUCAGUAUACAGAGCCUGGCUUUAUUCAUUGUUCUGGAUUCGGAGAGCAGUUGCACCUCUAGCUUUAUAGUUCAUCUGCUGAGAGUUUACAUGAGAUGAUUCAUGGUCUCAUUUGUUGAACAAGUCUGUGUUCUGUUUGUUUCAUCUGUAUGACAUUUGUCAUGACAUUGCCAUGUUAUCUUGACUGUAGGACAGCGUGUUUUGCCAACGAUCCUCCUAUAAUGAAUAAUUUACCUCUGAUGUUUUGUUCGGCC